UUACAUUGUUCGGAAGAUGAAUACUCCGCCUUUAAAAAUGUUUGUUACUUUAUUCAUAUGGUUAUCAAUUUAUGAAUGCUGUUCUAUAUAUGAUACACAUGCCAUCAUACUUGCACGAGGUGGAUCAAAAGGAAUCAGAAAUAAAAAUCUACUACCCUUCAAUGGUACAACUCUAUUGGGACACAUAAUUCAAAUUGUUAAAGAAACGAAAAAGUUUAGCGCCAUAUGGAUAUCAACAGAUAGUGAAAAUAUAGAAGGAGAGGCAAUCAAGCAUGGUGCUUUGGUAUACAAAAGAAUGCCGUAUUUUGCUCAAGACAGUUCAACGUCUGUCGAAGCAAUAAAAGAAUUUCUAUAUAAGAACAAAUUUGUGAAAAAAUUUGCCUUAUUUCAAUGUACGUCGGUAUUCCUGAAACCAAGCUAUAUUAAGGAGGCGGUGAAGAAAUUUCGUAUUCAUCCAUGUGUCUUUGCUGUUAAGAGAUCUCAUAAGCUGCGAUGGAAAGAAUUGAACCAUCAAAUGCUAACACCUUUGAAUUUCAAUCCCAAGCGCAGACCCAGACGACAGGAUUGGAAAGGAGAACUUGAGGAAACGGGAAUGUUUUAUUUCUCUAAUAGAAAUUUAAUUUAUCAAAAUUUAUUGCAAAAUGAUUGGUGUGCUGUUGUAGAAAUUGAGACCAGAGACUCCAUUGAAAUUGAUUCUUUAAUUGAUUACCAAAUAGCACAAUGUAUUAUGAAAAACUAACAUCUAAAGGUUUGUUUUAGCAG